AAGGUAACCGCCCCCGAACAGCCGAUCAACAAAAAUGGAGUUGUGAACAAGUAGCAAGUUAGCACUCAAAAGACGUUCAGUUUCAGUUUGUGUGUAAUUACCUGAACAUAAGUGGAUGUUUCCAGCUCAAUAAGGUGGCAUGAUGCGAUCACAUCGAAGUCAUACGUAGUUUAUGUUCUCCAGCAGUCGUAGGAAGCUGUCCAACGGGUAAACAAACCGGGAUCUUGGCCACGACAAAGGCAACAAGGCUUAGUAGCUAGCUAGCUAAAACAGUAGCAUCUGAUCGUUUUCUCUUAAGCAAGGAACGUGACUAGGACAGAAAUGGAGAAGUCUGAUUUCCUGAAAGGACUACCGGUCUACAACAAAAGCAACUUCAGCAGGUUCCAUGCAGACUCCGUAUGUAAAGCAUCUAACCGACGACCUUCUGUGUAUCUUCCUACCCGGGAGUACCCAUCAGAGCAGAUAAUCGUCACAGAGAAGACAAACAUCCUAUUGCGAUAUCUUCAUCAACAGUGGGACAAAAAGAAUUCAGGAAAAAAGCGAGAACAGGAACAAGGAGAGGGGGAAAACAUGGCGCCUCCACGGAAAAUAGCCAGAACAGACAGUCGUGAGCUGAAUGAGGAUUCGUGAAUUGCUUCGCUGACGGUGCACGCCCAGCAGAGACUGACCUAAACAAACAAAAUGCACACACAGAUGCAGAAUACAUGUUUGCAAACUAAGGCGCUCAAAGUGAAGCACACUAAAAUUCAUACAUUGCAGAACACGGCAUGAAAAAAAUCCCAAAGUAACAUUGUUGCUGAUGUUUUCAUAUGUAUUCAGAUUUCCUCUUUAACCAAAAAUCCUUUUCCUCCUUUUAUUUACACACAGUAUGUUCUUUUUCCCAACACACCUCUGCCUCAGAUUUUAGUAUUUGUAGUCCAAAAUGAACAUACAUCUACCUCCUCCUUCUACCCCUCUGUUUUUCUUUUAACUAAAGCUUUUUUUUUUUUUAAUAUGCAGCUCCUCUGCUGCUCUUAAAUGUUUCACAGUUGUAGUUAUUUAUACCAUCUCUCAUACAUGUACAUUUUACUUUAAGUCUAAAUAAGUGGUUCAAUUGCAUGCCAUGUUUUGUGGCUCCAUAAGGACAUUUUAGUUUUAAAUAACAUGAUGGCAGUGGUCCAUAAUAUUAUUUUAGCUCGUCAUUUAUGUGAUUACUGUCACUAAAUUAACUGAAAAUAAAGCUGCAUUGUGUUCGUUGAUUAGAUUAAAUAAUAAUCAAGUCAGGGUUUGUCAUAGACUGUUGAAGAAAAAGAAGAGUGCAUAAAGAAAUGUUCUUGUUUUCUCCUUUUGAAUAAUAAUUUAUUGCCUUAAUUGAAACUGAGUGUUCGUUCACUUUGAGUGACCCCAUGGUUUACGUUGUUUCAGGUAAAGAAAUUAACCACUGUUGAGUUGAAAGGGUAGCGAGUAAAGCCAAUCAUAUCUCACUAGAUGAUGUAUUUUUGUACAGGGUGACCUGGAACAUUUUCUAGCCAUAUUCUAAGUUCACUACUUUGUUAGCAGUGUUUGAAAUUGCGAGGGUAGCAAAGAAUUCUACGAUCAGCUGAUGACUACAGGUAUGCUUGAACGUAUAAGUGAGCUGAACUGCUUUAAGGCUACUUGUAAGGAAGGCGAUCAGUCCUUUUUGUUAAUUUUCCAUUCACAUUUGCUUGAGUAAGUUUGAGUGAUAUUAAGGAACAGUGUGUUGGAUCUUAAAGAUUUUGACAGCAGGGCUUAAUAAUCAGUUUUGUUUGCUGCACAUGAAUUCAGUGGCGCUCAUUAUAAUCAUUUUUUGGUAAAUAUUGUAUUUGUUGUGUAUAUUUGUACAGUAUGUAUAUUGUGAUCCUUCAACCCUUUUAUCAGGUAACAAGACGACUCAUUCUGAUUUUGUCUUCCCCAGGUUAGCCAUGCUGUUGUUUCAUUAUGUGUAGCUCAUUCGUUCUUGUACAUUGGAGGAAUACAAGCCAGAGUUGAAUCAAUUCAAACAAAAGCAUCUUGCUAAAUAUGAUUUGCACCUUUAAAGAGCCCACUAUUACUAUCACUCUGCUGCAAACUGUCCUUCACAUUUUCGAUAAUGUUUGAAGCAACUUAUAUGUGGGGUCUGGCUGCUUAUGUAAUAGAAUACACACUGCAAGUUUCUCAAGUAUGACUAAUGGGAGAGGUUAAUGUCCGGACUCUUCUUAUGAGAAUGUGCUAAUUCUACUUUUGUGUACUCCAUCGCCUGAUUAAGUUUGGAAUGUGUUGAAUGUAAAAUGAUUUGCUUUGAGUUGACUGUAUAAAUGUAUUGCUGUCUA